AUGCAAGCCAAAACAUUACCUUCAACCAUCUAUCUUACCGUUGACGAGAUCAGCAUAGCGGUGGAGUAUGAGGUUCUUAGCCAAUGCAAACCUUGUCCUCCCAAGAGCAAGCUGAUUUUACUUCGUGUUGGUGGAAGGCUUCAAAAUGCGAGCUUGGACUACGAGGCUAAGCAUCCGAUAUUGUUACCCAAGGAUCAUCCGGUCACCAGGGCGAUUAUCGUCUAUUAUCCACAGGCUUUGCUUGCUGCUUUACGGCAAAGAUGCUUUCGGAUUAAGCCUGUGGCUUGGGAACACGCGAUGGGUAGCCUAAUAGCAGAUCGAGUUCAGCCUAACCCAGUAUUUCACACCACAGGAGUGGACUAUUGUGGACCGUUCUAUCACAAGUCAGAGGCCCGGAACAAAGCACCCCACAAGUGCUACAUCGCCGUCUUUGUCUGCUUUUCGACGAAGACUGCGCACUUGGAAGUCGUCCAGGAUCUCACAACGGAUUCUUUCAUUGCAGCUUUGAGAAGAUUCAUUAGUCUCAGAGGCAGUCCACGUACUGUUUGGAGUGAUAAUGCGACAAACUUUGUUGGCGCUAAACGAGAGCUAGCGGAACUGAAUGAGUUCUUCGGCUUCGAUAACUUCUUCCUGCUUAGCGAAUGGGAUUGA